UCGGUUGGUUUUUGAUUCAGUCUUCUUCUUUUGUCAAUAUUACAAUUUCUGCUGUAAAAGUCUCAUAUUGAUACUUUAGCCACAGUGGAAAGUACGUCAGUUGCAAGAAAAUAUAGCCCAUCUGACCGGCAUACGUAUUGAUGACCAGGUUCUUUUAAAGGGAUGCGGUGAAAUUUUAGAUAGCGAGAAUCUUAUCCAAUGUAGCCCUUCCGAAAACAAUGCUGAUUCACCCAUAUUUCUCUUUCAACGAAGCAGCCGACAUGAGAAGGAGGACAGUCGACAUUGGGACCAAGAAAUCAAUGAAAUCACAAGUAUAAUUGAUGUUUCCAUCGAAAAUGCAACUCGCUCUGAGCAAGAUCCUGACUUGCAUCGUGUCUAUCUCAACAUCCCUCUACGAGCGCGAGAGUGCCGAGCUGCAUCCCAGAGUGCAAUUCAUGCUUGUGCUCGUUUUGUUGAGGAGCAUCGCUUAAUCCAUCAGGGAUGGACGGCUCUUGUGAAUAACAUGGACGACUCCGUUGUGCGCUUAAAGAAAAGAGCUGCUCGUUUUCAACAUCAGGUUGAGAAGGUUGGAUCACUUGUGUUAAAUUUUUAUUGA